CAUCUCCCCCUAAUUAACACAUAAUUCUCUCUUUCUCUCUCUCUCUCUCAUCAGCCAACGAACAGAAGAAGAAGAAGAAGAAGAAGAAGGAAAUGGAGGAUUUGGGAUCCAUGUGGAGCUACCAGGAGAGCAUGGACGAGGUAAAACAGAGCCUUCUGUACAAGACCCUGGAGCUGGAAUCAGUGAAAGCGGAAGCCAACGAGAAAUUGAGCAAGUACAAGGACGAAAUGAGCCAGCUGAUCGACCUCCUGAAGCUUGCUUACCAAGAAAGGGACGAGGCCAAAGACCAGGUCCAAAAGCUUCUCAACAAGGUCAUGCCUUCUGAAACCAACCCAAUUCCCCACCAGCAGCAACCAGAUAGCCCGAUUUUGAUUCAGGGGAAAGCCAAUUCGAGCAUAACCGAGUCCAACAGCCUCUCCGAAACUUACAACCCGCACUACUCCCACAGCUCUUCCCCUGUGGAUUCCUUCUUCCACGACGCCGCCGCCGCCGCCGCCGCCGUGUCCUCGCCGGAAUUCUCAAGCAUCAACAUUGCAGCAGCUCCCCCUGUUAUGGCGGCGGCUAAGGUUGACCCUUUCGAUGCCGUGAUCGAUCGUCUGGUGAAGGGGAAAGCUCUGCCGCAGCAAGGGAGCCUUCUUCAGACUGUGAUGGAAGCAGGGCCGCUCCUCAACACGCUUCUCGUCGCCGGGCCGCUGCCACGAUGGAGGAAUCCCCCAAAGCUCCAGACUUUCAAGAUCCCUCCCGUUUCGAUCAAGGGAUGUGAUGGUUCUGGCAAGACCAGCGCCGCUGCUCAAUUGCAGCAGCAGAAGGUGUUUUUCGGUUCUCAGACUUGCUCUGCUGCUUCCAUGCUGAAUUUCGGGAAUGGGGCUGCUUCUGGUUCUGGGUUCGGGUCGGGUUGGAGUUUGGGCUCCGGUGGCGUCAGCCAAUUCCCGGUGGGAAAGAGGCAGAGAUUUCAAUGAGGCCUUUUUUUUCUUUCUUCUUCUUGUUUUGGAAGAGUUGCCGGACUUUCCACCCCCAGGAUUAGUUCCCUGUAAAGAGGAAGAGAAAGUUCAGAGAAUAGAAUUUUACCGCUGCUAGUUGUGGAUCCUGUAAAUGAAACAACUUUAUUAUUCUGUGACAUAGCCACAUAGGUGGUCUCUAUUUAUUUAGUUAGCUGGUAGCUCUGGUAAUGGUUUCUCUUCUCUCGUUUGCUUUUCAGCCUUUUUUGGAGGCUUCCAUUCUUGUAAACAUGGACCAACUACUACAUUAUAGUUUGUCCUUCCAUUGAGCUUCAUUUCUUCCUCGGGCGAAAUUGUUGGAUAAUUUCUUUUACAAUAUUGUGUUUUUAUUGAUUUUCGUCAAUGACAUGGUGUUGAGUGAUACACGCUAACUUACUAACGAUCAACAGAAGCAGCAUAUCGUAUUUGAGUAAUUAUUUUAAAAUCGCGAACAUUUUAGGGGUUUCGAAAAGUUUUAAGGUAAAUAGUCUUUUAGUUGAAGUUUCAAACCAAACUAGGAUAUUAACCCUUCAAAAUUAUGUCAAAAGUAAUGAAGGAUGGUGUAUUUU